GCUGAAGUUUUAGCGGCUUAUCGGAGUUAAAAACCGUAAAGAAAUACGCAAAGUUGCCCUAUAAUAAAGUGACAGGAGCAUAGUAAUCAUGGCGUCCACCGCGGCGGGUAAACAGAGAAUCCCGAAAGUGGCGAAGGUGAAGAAUAAAGCCCCAGCGGAGGUGCAGAUCACCGCAGAGCAGCUGCUCAGAGAGGCGAAGGAGAGGGAACUAGAGCUGCUGCCUCCUCCACCCAAACAGAAGAUCACUGAUGCAGAAGAGCUCAACGACUAUAAACUGAAGAAGAGGAAGGGGUUUGAAGACAACAUCAGGAAGAACAGAACUGUCAUCAGCAACUGGAUCAAGUACGCACAAUGGGAGGAGAGCCUGAAGGAGGUCCAGAGAGCUCGCUCUAUCUACGAGCGUGCGCUCGACGUGGAUCACCGCAACAUCGCACUGUGGCUGAAGUAUGCAGAGAUGGAGAUGAAGAACCGGCAGGUGAAUCACGCUCGCAACAUCUGGGACCGAGCCAUCACCAUCCUGCCCCGUGUCAAUCAGUUCUGGUACAAGUACACCUAUAUGGAGGAGAUGCUGGGAAACGUUGCCGGCUGCAGGCAGGUGUUUGAACGCUGGAUGGAGUGGGAGCCGGAGGAACAGGCCUGGCAUUCGUACAUCAACUUUGAGCUGCGCUAUAAGGAAGUGGACAAGUCCCGCAGCAUCUAUGAGAAUUUUGUGAUGGUCCAUCCUGAAGUGAAGAACUGGAUCAAGUACGCUCACUUCGAAGUGAAGCACGGUUACAUCGCUCGGGCGAGGAAGGUGUUCGAGAGAGCCGUGGAGUUUUUUGGUGAGGAGCAGAUCAGUGAGAGCCUCUACGUGGCUUUUGCGAGAUUCGAGGAGAAGCAGAAAGAGUUUGAGAGAGUUCGCAUCAUCUAUAAAUAUGCUUUGGACCGAAUCCCCAAGCAACAGGCCCAGGAGCUGUUUAAGAACUACACUGUGUUUGAGAAGCGGUUUGGAGACAGGAGAGGAAUCGAGGAUGUGAUCGUCAACAAAAGGAGGUUUCAGUAUGAAGAGGAAGUCAAGGCAAACCCACACAACUACGAUGCCUGGUUUGAUUACCUGCGGCUGGUGGAGAGUGACGCCAAUGCGGACACGGUUAGAGAAGUGUACGAGAGAGCCAUAGCCAACAUACCCCCCAUCCAAGAGAAGAGACACUGGAGACGCUACAUCUACCUGUGGAUUAACUACGCUCUCUAUGAGGAGCUGGAGGUCAAGGACCCUGAGAGAACGAGGCAGGUGUAUCAAGCGUGUCUGGAGCUUAUACCGCACAAAAAGUUUACAUUUGCCAAGAUUUGGCUCUUAUACGGACAAUUUGAAAUCCGACAAAAAAACCUCCAGAAUGCUAGAAGAGGCCUGGGCACAGCCAUCGGAAAGUGUCCCAAAAACAAACUGUUCAAAGGCUACAUCGAGCUGGAGCUACAGCUGAGAGAGUUUGACCGCUGCAGGAAGCUCUAUGAGAAGUAUCUGGAGUUCAGUCCAGAAAACUGCACCACCUGGAUUAAGUUUGCCGAGCUGGAGACCAUCCUGGGAGACACAGAGCGGGCCAGAGCCAUAUUUGAACUGGCCAUUGGACAACCUCGACUCGACAUGCCAGAGGUGCUGUGGAAGUCAUACAUCGACUCUGAGAUCGAGCAAGAAGAAUACGACAACACACGAGGACUUUAUAAGAGACUGUUACAGCGUACUCAACAUGUCAAAGUCUGGAUCAGCUAUGGCCAGUUUGAGCUGUCCAUUGACAGUGACGACCGCAUACAGCGAUGCAGACAGAUCUACGAGGAGGCCAAUAAGAGUAUGCAGAGCUGUGAGGAGAAGGAGGAACGUCUGAUGCUCCUGGAGUCCUGGAGAGACUUUGAGGACGAGUUUGGAUCGUUUGCCAACAAGGAGAGAGUCCAGAAACUCCUGCCGGAGAAGGUGAAGAAGAGGAGGAAGAUCACAGCAGAGGACGGGUCGGAUGCAGGUUGGGAGGAAUAUUAUGACUACAUCUUCCCCGAGGACGCUGCUAACCUGCCCAACCUCAAACUGCUGGCCAUGGCCAAGAUGUGGAAGAAAUUGCAGCAGGAUGAUGAGAACGAGCAGGAUGAAGGAGAAGGAGAAGGAGAAGGAGAAGAAGGAGAAGGAGAAGAAGGAGAAGGAGAAGAAGGAGAAGAAGGAGAAGAAGGAGAAGGAGAAGAAGGAGAAGAAGAAGGAGAAGAAGAAGGAGAAGAAGGAGAAGGAGAAGGAGAAGAAGGAGGACAGCGGGUUCCUAAAGGGAAGGAAGCACUGGAGAACUCAGAAUCAGAGGAGCAGGGACCUGUGGCCAGCAGAGAACAGCUCAAAAACGAGUCCAACAAUCACGACAAAGAUGACGAUGAGAGCAGCAGCAGUAGCAGCAGCAGCAGCAGCAGCAGCAAGAGUGAUGGUGGCGACCGCGAAGAUGACAAAGACAAGACGGAAGAAACAAAAGCGGACACAGAAAAUCACUGACCUGGUGUGGUGGAACUUAACACGUUAUUUGUCUCCGUUUCUUUCUGUCCGUCUCUUUUCU